CAUUCGCUUGUUUGAGCUUGAACGAAACGAAAUUUAUUGUUGCAAAGUGCAUAUCACGAAUCUGUCGGGUUUUUCAUGUUAAUUUUAUGUGUUAAACUAAAUCAAAUAGUUAAGAAUAACUAAAUGCGCGAGUUAAAAAAGAAACUGAAAUAGUUUUAGUGAUAAUAAUUUCAGUGUAACAGUUGUUUUAUUAUCAGUGUUUCGCACUUUCAUUUCUACAUCGUUGCUAAAGAUUGCAAAAUGACUUCUGCACUGUAUUUAGAGCAUUAUUUGGACAGUCUGCAGCACCUGCCGAUAGAAUUGCAGAGAAACUUUAAGUUAAUGCGUGAUCUAGAUGACCGUGCACACGGACUAAUGAGGACGAUCGACCUUAUGGCUGACGAGUUGCUACCACAAAUCCCGAAAAUGGACGAAGAAACCAAGAAAGAAAAGGUAAAUACUAUUCAAGGACUAUUCAACAAAGCCAAGGAGUACGGAGACGACAAAGUGCAACUUGCAAUACAGACCUACGAGUUGGUUGAUAAGCACAUACGUCGCCUUGACUCUGACCUCGCACGAUUUGAAUCUGAGAUACAGGAGAAAGUAAUGAGCGCACGUGCCGCACAGCAGGCCGCUGCUGACCAGGAACCAAAUGCCGCCACUGUCAAGAAGGGUAGGAAGAAGAGUAAAAUUAAUGACAAGAGUGCAUCUACCACUGGCAAGAAGAAACGUGCUGGAGCGUCUAGUGAGGACGACGCCGUCGCUUCAGGCAGGUCGGCCGCGAAGAAAAAAGCGGUACGUAAAGGUGCAGCUGCUACUGCUAAUAGUUCUAAAGAACAGGAGGAAAAUGCUGAUUUAGAUUCUGUAGGAGGAAUGGCUCAUCCCAGUGAUGUGUUGGAUAUGCCUGUGGAUCCAAAUGAGCCCACAUAUUGUCUCUGUCAUCAAGUAUCAUAUGGAGAGAUGAUUGGCUGUGACAACCCUGACUGCCCUAUAGAAUGGUUCCACUUUGCCUGUGUGGACCUUAAGAUCAAGCCCAAAGGUAAAUGGUACUGCCCUAAGUGUACUCAGGAUAGAAAGAAGAAAUGAUCCACAGCCAAACCUGCUGCCAAGCAAACAGAUAAGACUGUAACUUUAAAGAAAGAAGUGAAGUGACUAAAUAGUAGUCGUAAGUUAUAUUAAUAUAUUGUAUUAUAGCCCCAACAUGUGAAAUGUGAUGUAUUUUAUGAUAAGUGGAUGUUACACCGAGGUGUAUAAGAAUGAGGAAACAUUUCUACAAUACUUGAAAUGCGUGUGCAAUAAUUGUGAAAGCUAACUUAUUGUAUUUUGUGUUGUUAUGUCAUUGUGAUAUAAAAACGGAAAAUACCUUUUAUUGAGUUAUAUCAAAUUUUGUAUUAUAAUAUAGUUAAAUUACUAUGGCCUUGUUUUUAUUGAUAGGGCAGAAACAGUAAAAUAACUAUGACUAACUUCUCUUUCAAAUUUUGGAUGUGGCAUUUCAAUUAUCAAUUAUUAGCACAAAAUAGUGUUCAAUUAAUAUUGUAUGGAGUAGCCAUGCAUAAUUACAUAAUUUGUAGAAACAAUACAUAAUAUAUAGAUAAAUUUAAUAUAUGACAUGCUAGGAACAAUAAUAGCAGCUUCUAUUGUUAAGAAUAAUCUUAUGAUGUUAUCAUAUGCCUUAUUUAGCAUUUAUUUGUAACUGGCAUAAUGACACAGUCAUAGAAUUAAGUUUUUAUAUGAUAUAGUAUAACAUGUUUUGAGAUUUAUUGUACAUAUUGCAUUCAGAAUGAAUUGAGAUAAACAGACAUAAUAUACAACACAGAUUCAUAUCAGAUUCUUAUUUCACAUGUGUAAUAUACAUUCUUAAAUUUUCUCAAUCUUGAAUAUUGUAAAGAAUAGUCUUCAAUGGUUAGAUGCCUCAUACAUAAUAUACAAUAUAUAUUAUAUCAAAAUAGUCUGAAUGUUAACUAAAUGUGAAAGAUUUAGUGGUAAGUAAAUAUUUUAGUGUGAUUGUCCUUAAAGGAGUGGGGUAAAUUCUGUGGGACACUGACUAUACUUGGAAAACACAUUAAAGUUGUAAAAUUACAUUAAUCAUGCACCAUUUGUAUUGAUGGGUGACUAAACCAUAUUCAUUAAAUAAUGAAGUUAUUAACUAAUAUGGUUUUGCUUAUUUUUAGUACUCAUUAAUUCAAUUUCACUCUACUUUAAAUUAUUCUUCACUCUCUAUUUCAAUGACUUGUGGUAAGAUGAUGCAUAAAUUCAUGGGUACUGAAAUGUAAAGUUAGGUAAAGAUAACUAUCACGAGAAAGAUACUAUAACAUCAGAACUAAAUCAACUAAAAAUCACGGUUUACUCACAUACAAUAAUGGAGAAAAAUUUGACUAAUUACAAGUCACAGUGGGAACUUCUGUAAACCGUGAUUUUUAGUUAAGAUAAUGAAUAUUUUGCAACUUUAAUUUUCUCCACUUUCUUGAUUUACUGAAACAAAUUAAGAAGUUUAUUUUAUCUUUAGUUUUUGUCUUACAGAAUUUGUGAGUGAGAUUGGUUAUGGACUGAUGCCAAUAUCAUGUAAUUUUAGUGUAUAACAUUUAGAAUUUUAUUGGUUUAUUAAUUUCACAGGACAAAAGUACAUUAAAUUAAAAUGAAAUAACACUUUAAAAAUCUUGGCUGAAUAGCUAUGCAUAAUAUUUUCUGGUAUUUCUUUUUUUAAUUUAUAGACUUUUCUAUAUGUUCUAUAGUGUUUUGCUAAUAUUUGGAGGGUCAUGGGAAUAUGUGAUGAGCUUGGAUUGGUACAUAUAUAUAGGUAAUGUUUGUAAGGACAAUCUUGUGUGCACUUGUACUAAACAUUUAUUUAUUAAUGUAAGGAGAUCCUAUAUAAAUUAUAUGCCUGUACAUAGUCCUAUAUAAUCACAAAGAUAUUAGAUUUGAGUUCUUAAUCUUAUUUUUUUAAUGUUACAUGUUAGGUUGUAUUCUGUUAUACAAGCAAUAUAGAUUAUAGGAUCUAUUACUGUUUUUAUUUAAAUAUUAAGAUAUAUUUCUAAAUAUUUGAAUAUUAUUGCAGUUAUUGACUUAUUAUUUUAGUAGUUGGCAAUAGUACUUUAUAUGGAUAAAUCUGUACACCAAAUAUUAUUGUGUAAAGUAAUUUAAGUGAAUAUUAAUUUGAUGUAGUUAAAAAUUGCAGGAUUAGGUGUUUCCAUUAUGAAUUACACAUAUAAGUAUUAUGUUUUUAGUCCAUCAUGCUUUAUGUCGAUGACUUCUUUGUUCCUUUAAUCGUUUCUGUAUAUAAGAUGACAUGCCUACAUAUUUUAUAGUUAAAUAUUUGUUCUAUCAAGGAAUGGAGAAGUUAUUACAUAAAGCUUAUAAUAUAUUUUGUCCAAUACAUCACUUUUUUAAAUUAUAACGGUAACCAAAUAAAGGUGCCUUUAUGAAGUGUAGAUUUUUGUAUUGUAAUAGCGCCACCGAUUCAGGUUUCAUAAUUAAUAUAUCAGAUUAAUAUGUAUUUAGGUAAUUGUAAUAUUAUCAAGUGUCGACAUAAUUCUAAAAUCGAUUUUAACAUGAAAUGGUUCCUGGAUCACAACACCAAUAGGAAUGUUUUGUUAUUGCCAUUUUAUUAUGUUUAAUAAAUAAUGUAAACCUUA